AUGCUUCUGACUUCCCCGGGCCUCUCCAGAGGCCCCCCUCGCGCUCCUUUUCCCGGCGCCGGCAUCACCGAGCCACGGAGGUGCCGGGGCUGUUUCAAGGAGAGAAGUCCUUUUUUCUCUUUUGGUCGGGAGGGGCUCCGGGGACCGCAGCGCUCUGGCCCGGGAGAGAGAGGGGACAGGCCCGCUCAGAGAGGAGGCGGGGCCGCGGCAACUUCCGACCAGCCGGUAUCACAGUGUCCCCGGAGAAGCCAGCACAUUCUUGCCCGGCCCGGGCUACCGCGAGGGCUGCCCGAGAAUCGAGGCGCCCGCAAAGUGCAGCCGCCUGCCGGGGCAAGGCUUCCAUCACUGACUUCGUUCCUCCGCCUUCCGCGCUCCACGAAACGGUGUGGCCACGAAGAACUGCGUGGCAAGCUCGCGGCGACAUGCGGGAGGGCUUCCCGGGGACUGACCGCAGCCGGAGGGGCUGGGCUGCCCGCAAAGGGGGCGUGGUACGGCCGCGGCUCCCUCGAGCCCAAGCAUAGCCCCUCGACGCCCGCCCGACGGCUUCUCCGACGGCCCCAAGCAGCCCUCUUCCGUGAGGACUGGCGGAGGAUGCCCAGCUCUUGGGCUGAAUCCCUUGCCUCCCACCCACCCAAAACAAGGAGAGGCAAAGCCUUCCCUGGUUGGUUCUAUUUGUUGGUUGUAAGCUCCUUGGAGCCAAGAAGAAUUGCUGCGGAACUGAGUUUCCUGAAGUGGACCACUAGACUCCUAAACAACCUGAAAAAACGAUCUAAAAGAAAAGUCAACCAAAAGAGCAACAUGCAAACAAAAACAAAUAAAACACCCCCAGGAGCAAAACAAAUUAAACUAAAGCAAAGCGAGGGAACUCCACAAUCACCCACAAGUGAAUAACCAGGAGUUCGACCAUGUUGGAAACCACCUAAAGGUGGGAACCACAUGAACCCUUCCAAGCACCCAGGCCUCCAGGUCCCACUGGUUGGAAUUUCCUUCUCCAGGUUCCAAGUCUAGCUCACCGCGGCCUGCCUGUCACACUGCUCUGGGAGCAGGGGGCUCUGGAGACUAGCCAGAGCAGAGCAUGGCAGUGCUUAGCAGCACUUUGAGCUUUCCCCUUAAGUCCACACAGGGGCCUUUCUGGCCAGGGUCAUGCUAGAGGUUUGGAAAACGAGGUUGGAAUUGGUCAGUCCAACCAGUGACCCAAGAGAAAAUUGGGUGAGAAAAUUCUUCCUUGGAAAAAUGAGUGUUUGGACCUGGAUCUGGGCAAACUCAUCUAGAUAGAAGGAUUAGUCUCCUCCUUGGUUCCCUGUUGUCACCAUCUCAGACAAGCUCCUGUUAACACACAGGAGAGGCUUUAGGUGCUGAAUGGCUUUGGGAGUGUGCGUAGGUAGUAACUGGCAUUUUGAAAAGUUUAUCGUUUUUCUUUGCCUUUUUGCCACUUCCCUCUCAUCCUGCUGUUGUGAAAAGGCAAGUCCUUCUCUCCCCCCCUCAUUUAGCAGGCCCAGUCCAAGUUUCCACUGCCCUGACAAUGCGUCUUGGUGCUGGGCUGAAUAACUUUGUUUCUUGUGGCUCCAGGAAUUUGAUACGCAUUUCCAAAAGAGGCAGGGUACCAAUUUGUCACAUCCCCUCCUUGCCCUGCCUCAAAGUUGGUCAAUAUUAACAAUGUCCUCCUGCUUCCUUAACCCCUCCCUGCUUUUUACUGUCAUCUGUUUUUACCUGGCUUGAGUUUGUCUCCUUGAGCUCCUCUGAUGAAACCUAAACACUAUCAUUUAAGUAGAACCAAUAGGAAGUAGGGCUUAAUUGGUUACUGGAAGAUGACAGAUGUUUUGCAUGUUGUCCCACUCUACUGAGGAAGCCAUGAACAAGCUCUCAUUUGCCCACACCUUCUCCCUCUGCUGCAGACCACAUCAGCAGGAGCUCCUUCUCCUGUGUGCUUUUCAAGUGGCAGGCUUGCUUGCAACCUGGGCCCUCCGAAUGGAAACACUGUUGUGCUAAAUGCUGACUUUAUGCAGUGGAAGACUGUGCUCAUUCUUCACCAAACCACAGGUGCAUUGCUGGAGCAGAGAGGUCAGCAUCUCUCAGAACAAGCCUCAGCUUGUUUAGCUCCCUGUUCCAUUGCAAAUGGCCCAGGAAGCCGGUAGGCAUCAAUUGAAAGGAAGUCCCUCCUGUGCUGGCCAGGGCAGACUUUUGCAAAGGGUGGAUGUGGGCACAGACAAGAAAGGGCGGGACUUUUAUUAUCUAUCAACAGCACAGAAGUCUGAGCAGUCAGCAGCUCAGCCAUUAUGACCCCAUCUUGCCUCUGUUGUCCCCUCCAUGCUGAUCUCCUGAUGUUGGAGGAAUGGACCCCACAAGGAAGCAACAAUUAACAAAAAUGGAGAAGCCAGAGGCCUCCUAGAAAAUUUUCAGAAUUCAAGGAGGAGGAAGCAGGACAGCCAGACCUCAAGAUCACCUGGUGCAGGCAAGAAGGCCUGUUGGACACUGCAGUAGUUCUUUGGAAUUGGUGGCAAGAUGUUCUCCUUCUUCUCUCAAUUACUUAACUAGAAAAUCUCCCCUGG